CUGCAAUGAAAAGCCAGCGAGACGAUCUUCCAGCAGCAAAAACCAGUGGGGGCCGUGGCAGUUCCCAUAGAAAACUAGAUACCGACAUGGCAAUAAGUCAUGAGAAGCCACCACUGAAGGCUAUGGACAAUCCAGAGCCGGCACGCGGGUGGACGUCCGACGAACACCUGAGGUUCCUGGAUGGCUUGGAACUGCACGGCACGAGUCAGCACCUUCGUGGAGACGACGACGGGUCGACGCCUUGGAUAUCCAUUGCGGCCCACGUUCAAACCCGCAACGAAAGCGAAACAAAGGAACACGGCGAGCGGUAUCUCCACGCGCUCCUGACGCAGUCGUUGCUUGCGACCAAAGGCCAAGGUGGGAGCACGACGUGGACCGCCGACGAAGACGCCGUGUUCGAAGCAGAGCUCGCCAAAUGGAUCCACACGCCGCAUGCAUGGACAAAGAUCGCCAUGCAGCUGCCGGGCAAGACCGUGUACGACGUCAUGGACCGGUACGACACGCUUCUGCGCGACUUGAGCGCCAUCGAGAGCGGCGUGACGCCGCCGCCGAUCGCAGACAUGCACGAUGCCAACAUGACACUGAUCUGCAGCAUCGCCAACGCCCAUGGCAACCACGUGCUGUUUGAUGUGUUCAAAGACGCGUAUGACAAUCCAUGCUCGGCGGAGAUCGCCACGUACGUCGCGUCGGCCGUUGUGGGGAUGGUGGCGGCAACCUCGGCUGGGACGACGAAUGGGGACUCUGCCCAGUCGGCCACACUGGUCAAGCGAGGUCGGCCCAAAGGAAAAGUCGCCAAACCAUUGGCGACGAUGGGGAUGAAGAAGAAGCCGCCGCCGUUCAAAGCCAAAAAAAGCCCCAAACGUAAAAAGAGUAACGGGGGGGGCUUGGCAUCACAUCGUCAAACGACCACCCAUCACCAGAACCAACAUGCCCCCCCUCCCUCUCGCGGUGGCAACUUCGCCUCGACCAGCGGUGGUGCGCUGGGGCUCACGCUUCCUCCCCUUUUCGACGGCAAGAUGUUGCCUGGACCUGGCAUGCUACUGCUCACCCCGGGACGGCUGAACCGAACAGACGACGCACCACCCCUGCACCGCACUGCGUAAUAGUACGUACUACAGUAAUCAACAAUGGACACCCUUCUUU